CUAUUGAAUAAUUCAUCCCAAGCAUAGAAAGGCUGUCUCUUCCCUGAGUGAUGUAUAACGGAGCAGGAGAGAGCUUCGAGUGGGUUCACCACAUCAGCUUCCACUCUUGCUUCUGAGCACAGGGCUCUCUCCUCUUGAGCUCAGCUUCUGCUUUUGCAGCCAAGCAUUCUUGCUGCUGUGCCGCCUGCCCACCCGCCCGGGCUUGCAGUGGCCACUUUACUUUCUCCAGCUGCCCUGCUGCCAGCUAAGAAGUCUCCUGCAGCCGCUGCUUUCUGCCUGGUACCAUGUGUGUGGAUGCUGCUUGGGAGAAGCGGGGCACCUGCUCCUGGCACAGAGCCCAGCGGAGUUUCUCCUGUUGAUUUCUGGACCACAGAUGCUGCUGCUGAGGAGGUAUUUCCUGACACCCCUCCCUCUGCCAUCCUCAGCUAAGGACCGGCCCCCAGAGAAGCCGGCAAGUGUCAGGAUGGGCAGCGCUGCAAGAAGCCGACGCUAAGGCGCGAGGUGCGAAGAGUUGGCCAGAAUGACCAACUCCUCCACGUCCACCUCCUCCACUACCGGGGAAUCACUGCUGCUGCUCUGCGAGGAAGAGGAGUCGUGGGCGGGCCGGCGCAUCCCCGUGUCCCUCCUGUACUCGGGCUUGGCCAUCGGGGGCACACUGGCCAACGGCAUGGUCAUCUAUCUCGUGUCGUCCUUCCGAAAGCUGCAGACCACCAGCAACGCCUUCAUCGUGAACGGCUGCGCCGCCGACCUCAGUGUCUGCGCCCUGUGGAUGCCGCAGGAGGCGGUGCUGGGGCUGCUGCCCGCGGGGUCCGCGGAGCCCCCCGGGGACUGGGACGGCGCCGGGGGCAGCUACCGCCUGCUGCGGGGCGGGCUGCUGGGCCUCGGGCUCACGGUGUCCCUCCUGUCCCACUGCCUCGUGGCUCUGAACCGCUACCUGCUCAUCACCAGGGCGCCCGCCACCUACCAGGUGCUGUACCAGCGGCGCCACACGGCGGGCAUGCUGGCGCUGUCCUGGGCGCUCGCCCUGGGCCUCGUGCUGCUGCUCCCGCCCUGGGCGCCGCGGCCGGGCUCGGCGCCCCCGCACGUGCACUACCCCGCGCUGCUGGCCGCCGCCGCGCUGCUGGCGCAGACCGCGCUGCUGCUGCACUGCUACCUGGGCAUCGUGCGCCGCGUGCGCGUCAGCGUCAAGCGGGUCAGCGUGCUCAACUUCCACCUGCUGCACCAGCUGCCCGGCUGCGCCGCCGCCGCCGCCGCCUUCCCGGCCGCCCCGCACGCGCCGGGCCCCGGCCCCGGCCCCGGCCCCGGGCAGGCCCAGCCGCUGCCCCCCGCGCUGCAGCCCCGGCGCGCGCAGCGGCGGCUCAGCGGCCUCUCGGUGCUGCUGCUGUGCUGCGUGUUCCUGCUGGCCACGCAGCCGCUCGUGUGGGUGAGCCUGGCCAGCGGCUUCUCGCUGCCCGUGCCCUGGGGCGUGCAGGCGGCCAGCUGGCUGCUGUGCUGCGCGCUGUCCGCGCUCAACCCGCUGCUCUACACGUGGAGGAACGAGGAGUUCCGCCGCUCCGUGCGCUCCGUCCUGCCGGGCGUGGGCGACGCGGCCGCCGCCGCCGCCGCCGCCACCGCUGUGCCCGCCAUGUCCCAGGCGCAGCUGGGCACCCGCGCGGCCGGUCAGCACUGGUGACCCGCCGCGGCCCGGCUGUCCGAGGCGCGGGCUCCCGAGGUCGCGGGCCACCCUCGCCUCUCCCCUCCAAGUCCCCUGACUUCCUCCGGGAAGCCAGACGCGCCCGCCGAAGAUGUCGCCCUGACCCCCCGGGGGUACCCGAGUCAAGGUCUUGACCUUCGAGGGGUCC